AAGUGCGUUUGGUGACCAUAAGAUGGUCGAAGAGAGACUGGAUCAUGAAGAAGAGCUAUUCCACACAAAAUUGUUUUCGACGCUCAUUCAGAGGAGUGGGUGUGAAACUGCUGGACGAGGGAUACGUGGCGAGGGGAGGGAUCACUCGUUGCUUUAUCCGAGGAUGAUAGCCUUCGCAGGGAUAAUAGCUCGACACGUGUCGGGGGUGCGACACGGUGGAUUCUGCUGGUAUAUUCCCCGGCUUCGCUCCAUAUAAGAUUGUAGGGCAGUGAGAGUUUGCUUUAGCCUUUUCGACCUGUACCUUUCUAUCCACUUCCUUCCUCCAAGCUUAACCAAAACCAUGUCUGCCUUCGUGGGAAAGUAUGCAGAUGAGCUCAUCAAGACGGCCAAUUACAUCGCCACCCCCGGCAAGGGUAUCCUGGCUGCCGACGAGAGCACCGGCACCAUCGGCAAGCGCCUGUCCAGCAUCAACAUCGAGAAUGUCGAGUCAAACCGCCAGGCUCUCCGCGAGCUCCUCUUCACCGCCCCCAACACCCUGCCCUACCUCUCCGGCGUCAUCCUCUUUGAGGAGACUCUCUACCAGAAGACGUCCGGGGGGAAGCCGUUUGUCGAGGUCCUCCAGGAGAACAAUGUCGUCGCCGGCAUCAAAGUGGACAAGGGCACCGUCGAGUUGGCUGGGACGAACGGUGAGACCACCACCCAGGGAUUGGAUUCGCUCGGCGCUCGGUGCCAGCAGUACUAUAAGGCCGGUGUGAGGUUCGCCAAGUGGCGCGCGGUCCUCAAGAUUGGGCCUAAUGAGCCUUCGGAACUGUCCAUCCAGCAGAAUGCGCAAGGUCUGGCCCGUUACGCCAUAAUUUGCCAGGAGAAUGGGCUCGUGCCAAUCGUGGAGCCUGAGAUACUUACCGACGGGAGUCACGACAUCAAGAAAUGCGCUGCCGCUACUGAAACCGUGCUCGCAGCUGUUUACAAGGCGCUGAAUGAUCAGCAUGUUCUUCUUGAGGGCACACUUCUGAAGCCCAACAUGGUCACUCCCGGCUCAGACAGCCCCAAGGUACCGGCCAAGGUGAUAGCUGAGUACACGGUGGCGGCGCUGCGCCGGACCGUGCCGCCGGCGGUCCCGGGGAUCGUAUUCCUGUCUGGGGGUCAGAGCGAGGAAGAUGCGACCCUGAACCUGAACGCGAUGAACAAGCUGGACGUGCUGAAGCCGUGGACGCUCUCCUUCUCGUUCGGGCGGGCGCUCCAAUCGACCACCCUCAAGGCAUGGGGAGGGAAGAAGGAGAACAUUGGCAAGGCCCAGGAGGUGUUCCUGGCAAGGUGCUUGGCCAACUCGGAGGCCACUCUGGGCAAGUUCACAGGAGGGACUGCUGGUGGGUUGGCCUCUGAGAGCUUGUUUGUGAAGGGAUACAAGUACUAGAAAGGAGAGAGAGUCACACUGGGCGGUUCACUGAUUAAUUAAUCAAAUUACUUGUGUAUUGCAAUACCUUUUAUCGUAUUCUUUUGUUUAUUUCCUCCCUUUCUAUGCUUACUUUCAUUACAUAUUCUGCCCCCAAAGCACUGUUCACCCUCUCCAGUCUCGACCAAUUAUAUUAUAACUUGUUGAAAGUGCUUUGAACUUUUAGAGGAGUUUAACUUUGGAUAUGCAGUGUAUUUUCCGGAUAAUCCAUCUGUGUGAAUGUCCUUCUGUUGUUUA